GACUGACAAUAAACCUGCCAUUUUCUAAUUCCAAUGUUUGCAAACGCGCGAGCGAAAAGACGUCCUAGAGCCACUUCUCCUACGCCUGCGAGAUUGACUAGCUAUGCACCGGCUCGAGUAGAGAUUACAGAGGAACAGCGACAAGACAUUCAUGAGGCUUUCAAGUUGUUUGAUUCAGACAAAGACAACGCAAUUGAUUAUCAUGAAUUGAGGGCUGCUAUGCGUGCAUUAGGAUUCAAUGCAGAAAAAGCAGAAGUUCUUAAAAUUUUACGUGACUUUGAUAAAACUGGAAAAGGAUACCUUCAAAUGGAGGACUUCGUUCGCGUCAUGACCGAAAAAAUUGUAGAAAGAGAUCCUCUAGAAGAGAUUAAACGUGCUUUCGAGCUCUUUGAUGAUGAUGAAACUGGUAAAAUUAGCAUACGAAAUCUUCGUCGCGUCGCUAAAGAGUUGAAUGAAAACAUUGAUGAUCAAGAAUUAGAAGCUAUGAUAGAAGAGUUUGACCUUGAUCAAGACGGUGAAAUUAAUGAACAGGAAUUCAUAAGUAUAAUGAUGGAUGAAGCCUAAUGUAUACUAGUGUUCAUACAGUUGGUCAUUCCGCUAUACCUUUGAUGGAUCUAGUGAAACUUUUUGUGUCUUCUAUCUUCUUUCGUUUUUUUACUUUCUAUGCUGGUAUAUACUCUCUUUAUUUAUAGGUUACAUAAUUUAGUAAUUGGUCUAUUAUCUUCUUCCAAGUAAGCUUCGGAAAAAACCUUUCGUCUUGCUCUCAGAUGAAGAAUCCUGUUCUUCGACCUUUAAUUUGGUUUUUUCAAAUUCUGUUUGUUGUCCCAAGUAUGUAAUAGCUAAAUCAAAGAAAAGUGGUUUAGCAGGAAUGGGUCGUAAGUUCAAUUGAGUUAAGUUUAAGGGUUUCUCCAACUCCGUAUUGUACUGAUUCAUAGACUCGACCAGCGAUAAAUCCUUAGGCUUUUGAUUAAUCAUCUCCAUAGAAGCCAAGCUUCGCAAAAGUAGAAUUCUCUUUUUCAAAUCUUCAGGUUUUGUUUGCAACUCUGCAACAAUAUCGAAAGCGAUUUCCAGAGGGGUUUCCUCAAAAUUAUGUAGACAAUCGUUAGCUUGCUCAUAAUAAUGGCCUGCACGAAUACACAUAGCAAGUCCUUUUGCUUUAUCUUGUGAUUGAUACGCCUCGGCAAUAACCUGGCAACGUCUCGCUUUAGCUACAGCGAUUUGAGCUUCCAGUUGUACCAUCAUGCCAUUAUCCUUUGCGAUACCGGGUAAAUUCUUGGCAGCUUCAAUAUUCUAUAUUAAUGUUAGAUAGAUCAUAAUAGAUAGAAAACCAUCCUACC